CCGGCUGCGCGGGGACACGAGCUCCGGCAGCUGCCACUGGCUCCAAGUUCCCUCCCUCGCUCUCCCGCGGAGCCUGCCUGAGCCCGCCCCUUCGGUGCGGAGGUGCAAACGCGGCGGCGAUCAGCCCAACCCUCCGUUGCCGCGCGAUCUGGGCCGGUUCGGCCAGCGCGGUCGGCUCGGAGCGGGCGCUGAGGACCCGGCUGCUGCUUCAUCUCGGCCUGCAGUGCCCCGCAGGGCCCAAGCUUCUCCUCGCGGUCUCCGGAGCCUGGUGUCCGGCCUGGCCGCCUUGCAGGGGCCCGAGAACGGCCCAGAAAUCGGAGUUGAACACUGAGAACAUCAUUCCUACUUUUUGAGUUUUGAAUUGAAAGCUGCCAGAACCCUAUGGCCUAAAGGGGAAAUAAAAGAUAUUUCCUGCUGCGGAGAGCACUUUAAGCAAGGAAGGCUUUCCUUGGCCUCUGCCUGCAUUCUAUAAAAUACUCAUUGCCUUUUCGCUCUGCCUGCAGUUGAGCACAAAGACCUGAAGGAGACUCCCACCGCCUUGAGAGAGAAGAAAGGAGGCAGCCAAGCCCAUUAAAAGGAACUUGUGGCUUGUGGCCCUUUUGUGCAGGGGCAGCCUGGAAGGGGAGAAAAGUGUGCUGAAGCCACAGCGGCGGCUAAUGAGCUGUGAGAUGAGGAGCAGCUGCGGCUGACACUGCUUCCAGGAUCCUUCGUCUGCCCUUUGUGCUUCGUGUACAUGUGUCUGUUCAGGCCGGCCAGAGGCGCCCAGAAGAGCAUCCACCACGGCUGCCGGGGAAAGACCGCCCACCAUGCCCACGGAGACGCUACAGACAGGUAGCAUGGUGAAGCCGGUCAGCCCCGCGGGCACCUUCACAUCGGCGGUACCCCUCCGCAUCCUGAACAAAGGACCCGACUACUUCCGCAGGCAGGCUGAGCCCAACCCCAAGAGACUCAGUGCAGUGGAGAGGCUAGAGGCUGACAAGGCCAAGUAUGUCAAGAGCCAGGAGGUGAUCAAUGCCAAGCAGGAGCCGGUAAAGCCGGCCGUGCUGGCCAAGCCCCCGGUGUGCCCAGGAGCCAAGCGCACACUGGGCAGCCCCACUCUCAAGGUGUUUGGCAACCAUGCCAAGACUGAGAGCGGUGUGCAGCGUGAGACCCUCAAACUCGAGAUCCUCAAGAACAUCAUCAACAGCUCCGAGGGCUCCAGCUCUGGCUCUGGCCACAAGCACAGCUCCCGAAACUGGCCUCCUCACAGGGACACCACUGACCUGCACCGACACUCCUUUGCCGAGUCUCUGAAGGUGUACCCUACGCCAGGGCGAGGCAGCCCCCAGGAGAGUAGCUCCCAUGUGAGCAGGAGACUGCUGGAGCAGUCUGCGGAGUCCUUCCUGCACGUCUCACACAGCUCCUCGGACAUCCGCAAAGUGACCAGUGUGAAGCCCCUUAAAGCCAUCCCCUGCAGCAGUUCGGCCCCUCCCCUGCCUCCCAAGCCCAAGGUGACUGCCAUGAAGUCCCCCGAGGCUGACCAAGUGGAACCGGCCUGUGGGGUCAGCCGGAGACCUUCCCUCCAGAGAUCCAAGUCAGACUUGAGUGACAGGUAUUUCCGAGUAGAUGCAGACGUGGAGAGGUUCUUCAACUACUGCGGACUCGACCCGGAAGAGCUGGAAAACCUUGGCAUGGAGAACUUUGCAAGGGCCAAUUCUGACAUCAUAUCCCUCAACUUCCGCAGCGCAAGCAUGAUCAGCUCAGACUGUGAACAGUCUCAGGACAGUAACAGUGACCUUAGAAACGAUGACAGUGCCAAUGACCGGGUGCCAUAUGGCAUUUCUGCCAUCGAAAGAAAUGCUAGAAUCAUCAAGUGGCUAUAUAGCAUCAAACAGGCUAGAGAAUCACAGAAGGUGUCCCACGUGUAAGAGGCGCGGUGCUGGAAAGGCGGGAGGGGCGGGUCUGUCUGUGCAUACACAGUUGUGAAGGUUGUGAGGUCUCCUUGAAGUGUUGUGACCUUCUCCACUCUUUGUGUUGCUUGUUGUGCACUGUUCUCAAGUUGCAUGCCUGUCAACAUGGCACCUGGCCUGGCUUCCUUCUCACAGCUCUGCAGAGUCUUGCUGAACACUUCAUCUGCCAAAAGUUUCCAGCCAGAAUCUGACUGACUAGGGCUUUGCUCUGAAUCAAAACUGUUUACAGGAGAAAGAAAAAGAGAAAAAAAAAAAAAAGUUUUCAAUUUCUUCAAUAUUUAUGUGGUUCUUGUGUUUUUAUACCCUGCGCUGUUGUGUCUUAAUUAAAAGUUUUAUCAACUGGC